UAAACUUGGCCGCUGUAAUAUCAAUCACAAAUUUUAACUGCGAUGGGCAUUGAAGAAAGGAUUAGUUUUUCAUUGGUGUGGGUUGAAAACACUGGAGAUAGACGUCGUUCUUAACGAUUAUUUCGCAGGGUGAAUAAGCCUAUAAUCAACCAACGGAAAAAAUGAAAGAAGAAAUAUUGGAAGUUGUGCAGCCAUACAUCUCUCCAGUAGGCUUUUUAUUAAUAUUUCUCGGAUUUACUGUGUGGUUUACUUCCAAAGGGAACAAGAAAUUUAACGUUCCAGGACCAAUCUCAUGGCCUGUCAUUGGAAAUCUCCAUCAACUUGGAAAGAAGCCGCAUGUUAAAUUAACAGAAUUUAGAAAAACAUAUGGUGAUGUGUACACUAUUAGAAUGGGCAGCCGACAAACUAUUGUUCUAAAUGGGUUACAAACGAUAAAAUCUGCUAUGAUAAAACAAGCAGAAGAUUUUGCAGGGAGACCUGACUUCUAUUCCUUCAAGUUUAUCGGCAAUGGUAAAAGCAUGGGUUUUGGUGAUUAUGGUCCAAGAUGGAAGAUGCAUCGAAGAUUAGCACAAAAUGCCCUAGCCACGUUCAUUAACAAAAAGGUGAACCCAAUCGAAGAUUCAAUAAGUCAAGAAGCUCAAAUAUUGGUAACUAAUCUACUUAACAGUAACCGACAACCAAUGGAUCCUCAUAAUGAAAUCUACCUUUCUGUUGGUAGUAUUAUUUGUGCUAUUUGUUUUGGAAAGAAGUAUAAAAGAGAUGAUCCCGAUUUUCUUCACCUUAUCAAAAUGAAUGACGAAUUUAUGGCGUUUGCUGGAGCUGGAAAUCCAGUAGACAUGAUGCCAUGGAUGAGACACUUUACUCGUAGGUCGUUUCAGACAUUUCUUGAAAUACUGGAAUCAAUGAAUAAGUUUUGUGAUUCGAAGAGGCAAGAGCAUCUGGAUACUUAUGAUUCAUCUGUAACUCGUGAUGUAACAGAUUGUUUGAUACGUGCUGUGGAAGAAACCCCCGAACAGGAUAAGAAAACGGUUGGUUUGACAGAUGAACAUAUCUUGACAACAGUACAGGAGUUGAUUGGUGCUGGUUUUGACACUAUAGCCAGCACAUUACAAUGGUGUGUUCUCUACAUGAUGACCAACGAAUCAGUACAAGAGAAAGUGUUUCAGGAAAUAAAGGAAAAAGUGGGACUACAACGUAUACCAGAACUAGAGGAUAUGGAAUCACUUCCUUUUACCGAGGCUUGUUUACUGGAAACUAUAAGAAUAUCUUGUAUAUUUCCAUUCGCUCUACCACACAGUACUACCAGAGAUACAAAGUUUCAGGGCUAUUUUAUUCCAGACAAGACAUUAGUUUUUGUCAAUAUGUGGUCUGUAAGUCAUGACGAAUCAGUUUUUCCACAACCACAUAAAUUUGACCCUGGUAGAUUCUUAAAUAUCAACGGUGAAAUUGACCGUACUAAAAUUGACAAUUUUUUACCUUUUGGUGCAGGAAGACGUAAAUGUCCAGGAGAACAGCUGGCGAAGAUGGAAAUGUUCAUGUUUUUCGCCACCUUAAUGCAGCAAUGUAAAUUCUCGUGUGUUCCAGGGGAGAAAGUUGUUGUUGAUAGUAAAUAUGGCUUGACUCUGAAACCUAUCAAUUUUCAUUCAAUAGUUACGAAGCGAUAGAAAUCUGUUUGAACCAUUUCCAAACGUUCUAGCCAGAUUGCGAUGAAUGUCAAGCAUGAAAACCUAAAUGCAUAAAAACAUAAAAUAAAAUAGUUUCAAAUGUUGAAGUGUUUUUUUUUUUGUUUUUUUUGUUCGCAUUUUGUCUUUCAUUAAACAUUUUAAUCAUAUCU